AAAUGGAAACUUUAUUUUCUACUUCUUUUUUACCAAAUUCAAGUUGGAUAAACGAGAAGAGAGAAUGGACUAAAGAAGAGAACAAGCAAUUUGAAAGUGCUAUUGCAAUAUAUGAUGAGAAAACUCCUGAUAGAUGGUUUAAAGUGGCUGCCCUCAUCCCUGGAAAGUCAGUUAUUGAUGUAAUGAAUCAAUAUAAAGCACUUGUUUCUGAUGUUUCAGAUAUUGAAGCUGGAUUGGUUCCAAAUCCUGGUUAUUUCGCCUCUUCGAUUACCUUGGAAUUGGUUGAUCAUUGUGGAUUACAAACAUUUAGAAAAAGAGGGAGUAAAUCAUCUGAUCAAGAAAGAAAAAAAGGUGUACCAUGGACUGAAGAAGAACACAGGAGAUUUCUGAUGGGACUUGAGAAGUAUGGAAAAGGGGAUUGGAGGAACAUAUCGAAGAAAAUGGUAAUUUCAAGAACUCCAACUCAAGUAGCUAGUCAUGCUCAGAAAUACUAUCAGAGACAGAUAUCAGGAGGAGGCAAAGAUAAGAGGAGGCCUAGUAUUCAUGACAUUACGACUGUCCAUAUCACCGCGGACUCCGCGUCCCCAAACAACCUAGUAUAUAACAUCAAUUCCUUUUCUAAAGAAAAGUUAUAUGCAGAAACCAGUUCCUCUUUCCAGAAAUUUACAGCUACAACAGAUAUUGUGAACUGCUGGAAUGCCAACUUAUCAAAUGAUCAUGAAGAUCUGAUGGAUUUUGGAUCAUCAUUUGUCACCUACCCAUAUGAGAUUGCUUCACAGUCUUGGGAUGAACAUGGAGCUGACGACUCACAGCUCCAGUUCCAAUCAACAAGAUAUCAGAUAUGGGGUUGAAAAAUGUACUGGAUUCUGUUUUAAUUUGUAAUCUUGCUAUUAAAUUAUUAAUUAAUGUAACUCAAGUUUAGUU